UAAGCAUUACUUUGUCCUCCGCAGCUCCGCUCCUAUCCCAUCCCAAUUUUUUUUUUUUUUUUUUGAAGAAAAUUAAUAAUAAUAAAUCUGCGGAGGGAGUCGCCCAGUCGGCAAUGGUUGAUCGAAAGCUGAUAAUUUUGUGGUCAUUCUGAACGACAACAACAAUAUACUGCAAAAUCGAAUAUCAGUACAAGAAGUAAAAUACCAAAAAAAAAAAAAAAAAAAAAAAAAAGAGAGAGAGAGAGAGUUCGUAGAAGCUGAUCAAUCAUUGCUAUUCACUGGUAAGAAUUUCGUAAGAGGAGUUUUGUUGUGCAACUUUUUUAUACUUUGUGAUUGGUUGCUGUGCAAUUCAAGAACGCCAUCUGAUUAUGAAAUCAUUGCGGCAAAUGCUAUAGUGUUACUUAACUCUGUAACUAUCCGGAUUGCCAUAACUGCAUUGAGUUUUGUUGGGUUUAAAUGGCGGCUACCUCUGAAGAACCAACUCGGGAGAACCCAAAUGAUAGGUUCCCUUUGCUUAUGGAGCAGGAAGAAAGCUGUCAAAGUAAUGAUCAUGUUAUAGAUAUACGAGGUGUUAAUCCUUCAUUUUCAGCUUCACCUGACAAUGAGUCUCCUUCUGGUUUGAAUGCAUCCCAGCGAGAAGAUAGACCAUCAGGCAGUCAAUCUCCUCCUCCAUCAAAUGGUUCAAUUUCUCGAAGUCUCUCAGUCACAAGGAGAGGCGAAAGUAUGGGUCAUCGGUGGAGCCCGUUUAAUACAAUGUUGUGGAUUUCCGUUGAGCUAGUAUUCACUUUAGGACAAAUUAUUGCUUCCGUCGUUGUUUUAUCCUUAUCAAGACAUGAAAACCCACAAACUCCAUUAUUUGCUUGGAUUGUGGGUUAUGCUGCUGCAUGUGCCGCAAGUCUUCCCCUCCUAUAUUGGCGUUAUCUUCAUCGCAAUAAUGUCAUUAACCAGAGGUCAACUCCAUUACGUCAAGGUUCUAGUCGUGUAAAUUCGACAUCAGAUCCUAAUUCUUACAUUACCGUCUCGUUGACUCGGUCCUCAGAAGAUGAAGAUGGUCAGAAUGUUCCAAAUGCAUCCCCACGCAUUAGGAAUCGGCAAAAUACUGAUGCAAGGAUUGCUUCAUUCCUGGAACAUUUCAAAAUGGCAUUAGAUUGCUUCUUUGCUGUUUGGUUUGUUGUUGGCAAUGUUUGGAUCUUUGGUGGUCAGUCAUCUUCUGCCGAUGCUCCCAAUCUGUAUAGGUUAUGUGUAGUUUUCCUAACCUUUAGUUGUAUUGGGUAUGCUAUGCCUUUCAUCUUGUGUGCGAUGAUAUGCUGCUGUCUCCCCUGUAUCAUAUCUGUACUUGGUGUUCAUGAAGAUAUGAAUGGAAUGAGAGGAGCAAGUGAAGAAUCUAUUAAUGCUCUUCCGAGAUACAAGUUCAAAUCAAAGAGAAACGGAAGUGGCAUUCGUGGAGACAAUGAGACUGGGGUCGAAGAAGGUGGUUUUCUAGCUGCAGGAACAGAAAAGGAGCGGGUGAUAUCAGGGGAAGAUGCAGUUUGUUGCAUUUGUCUAUCUAAAUAUGAAGACAACGAUGAGCUCAGGGAGCUGCCUUGCUCGCACUUCUUCCAUGCAGAGUGUGUGGAUAAGUGGUUGAAGAUAAACGCGUCUUGCCCCCUGUGUAAAUUUGAGAUUGAAGUUGAAAAUGAAGAUUCAUCAUCUCCGGCAGAAGGCAGUCAACAAGUGUGAAGUGUUUUGGGAUAUGAAAACCCAAUUGGCCGGCCAAGUGAACCUGGUAAGCCAGUGAGAAUACACUUCAUAUUUGAUUAAUACUUGUCUGGUUUUUUGGCAAUGAAAUCCUGUUUGUACAGUUUUUAAAGUUCAAAUCAGAUAUGAAGUGUGAAAGGAACAAAAAUAUUUGCCAAAGUAUCUUGAAUUGUGUUCAGCACUAUCCUGAAGUUCAAUGAAUUUGUACAUCUCAGAUUU